AUGGAUGAGACAACUUGUAAAGGAUUUCCUGAAACCGACAAGGUAACUAACAAGAAUAAAUGUGGACGAAAUAAAAGCGAAGGUAACAACGAAGAGGUUAGAAAAAAUGACGGUAUUUCAAGGGGUAAAUCUUGUCCUAACAGUGCAAGAAUUGAGCAUAUGCAAACGCCCAUGGGGAAAUUGCGCAGAAUGUGUGCCGUGGGAAGCGAUGAAGGGACAAGAUGGACAUCAUGUCGAUUUGUACAGCCACGCUAUAGAAUUGGAAAAGAUGAUAGUCAGAGACCCUUGCAUAAUGUGUCAGAGGGUAGCACACUCAUUGAAUCUCAAGGGUGUUGCAGCAAUUUAUCUAUGGUAGUCGAGAUUAUGGAAAGUGAAUCCAACCGUCACCAACUUGCAGUUGCUGCUAACCAAGGGCCCUGUGAAGUAUCAAGUCUUACCGAGUGUAUGAAUGCAAAAUCGGAUUAUGUAUCAUAUUUCGACGAAGUUAAAAAUUUUGGCUUUAACCAUAUCAUACUCGUUGGGAAGCGUGAAUAUGGAAUAAUUUUUUUAGAUUGCUAUGGUCGACUUUUUGAGUUAGAUAUGAUGUCUGGUGUAUUGUGGCCACUUGGGAAUUCUUUGGAAGAGGCGAAAACAAAACCCUGGACUGGCGAGGUGGCAUGGAAUAUCGGUGAUGAUGGGAGUAUUUUUGAAUUCGAGUAUUAUACUGAAGCUAAACGUACUACACAUGCUUUUAUACGUCAGGAAAGUCCAGAACCCCAGAAACCUGAGGAAUUCUAUAAAAAACCCCAGAAGAAGAACAAAGGGAAAAAAAAGAAAAACAAGAAAAAUGGCACAGUUUUUUAA